AUGACUGAUGUUAAAAUUGAUGCUGGGUUAUUCCACAAGCGGUUGUCCAUCCUCCAGAAGAACAUUGUUGCGGAAAACAUCACCCAGGCCCUCGUUAUCGUGGGUGCUCGUGAAGAUGAGAACACCUACAAGAAAUCUACUGUAUUACAGAAUUGGUUAUUAGGUUACGAAUUCGUUCAUACUGCCAUAUACGUCACUAAGGACAAAUGUGUGUUUUUAACUUCAGAAGGAAAAGCCAAGUAUUUGAAGGGAUUGACUGGCAAACCUUCACUGAACUCCAGUGAGGUUGAAAUUUGGGUCAGAACUAAGGACGCCGACAAGAAUCAUCAAUUAUUUGUCGAUUUGAUCAAGACUUUAAAAGAAAAUGGUACCAGUUAUGGAUCUGUCUUAAAGGACAAGUACCAAGGGAAAUUACUUGACGAAUGGAAGAAGGUUCUUGAAGAAGAAGGUGGGGAUAAAUUGACUCCUGUUGACAUAGCAAUCUUAAUCUCAAAGAGUAUGGAAGUUAAGGAUUCCGAAGAAUUCAACAAUACCAAGAUCGCCUCUAAAGCAUCUGUGGUUAUGAUGGAUACCUUUGCUGAUGAAAUGAUGGUUGUGGUUGAUGAAGAAAAGAAGGUCACCAACAGUCAAAUCUCUGAUCAAAUAGAAGAUAAGAUUGAAAACAACAAGUGGUAUCUUAAAUCAAAAUUAGGAAAAUCUUUGUUACAGCCACUUAAAGAAUUUGAUCCCGAAUUUCUUGAAUGGUGCUAUUCCCCUAUUGUUCAAAGUGGUGGUGAGUAUGAUUUAAAACCAAGUGCCGUGUCAACUGAUGCUAUGUUGAUUGGUGACGGUGUCAUUCUCUCCUCAAUUGGGUUAAGAUACAAAGCAUACUGUAGUAACGUGGCCAGAACCUUUUUAAUUGAUCCAACUCCUGAAAUUGAAGCUAAUUAUGAUUUCUUGUUGAAAUUACAAAACCAUAUUACUUCUACUUUAUUGAAGGAUGGUGUUCAAGCUAAUAAGUUAUACCAAGGUGCUGUUGAUUAUAUCAAGAAAGAAAAACCAGAUUUGGUUUCCCAUUUCACCAAGAACGCUGGUUGGUUAUUAGGUAUUGAAUUUAGAGAUUCUACCUUUGUUUUAAAUGCCAAGAAUGAAAGAAGUUUGCUCAAUGGACAAAUCAUUUCCUUGACUAUUGGAUUCAACAACUUGUCUAAUUCAAGUGCCAAGAAUCCUAAAUUAAAAACUUAUUCUUUGUUAUUAACUGAUACAUUCAAAGUUAGUGAGUCCGAACCAAUUUUAUUAACCACUUAUCCUAAAUCUAAAUCAGAAAUUUCCUUUUAUUUCAAGGAUGAAAAUGAGGAUAAGAAAUUGAAAACUGAAAGUAUCAAGAAUGAAGGUGCCGAACUUAAUUCCAAGAUUCUCAAGUCUAAAUUGAGACACGAAACCAAUGAAGUUGAUGAUGCCAAUGCUGAAAAGGUCAGACAAGGAAUUCAAUCUAAAUUGCAUGAAAAGAGAUUACAAGAAGGGUUGGCUAGAUUUUCCAAAGCCGAUGCUACUGAUUCUGGUGAUUUUAAACCCGUGUUUAAAAAGUAUGAAUCGUAUAUUCGUGAAUCGCAAAUUCCUGCCAAUGUUCGUGAUUUAAGAAUCCACAUCGAUAUCAAGAAUCAAACUAUCAUCUUGCCUAUUCAAGGAAGACCAGUUCCAUUCCACAUUAACUCCUACAAAAGUGGUUCACAAACUGAAGAAGGAGAUUUCACUUCUCUUCGAUUAAACUUUAAUUCCCCUGGUGCUGGUGGUAAUGUCAGCAAGAAGAUUGAAUUACCAUAUGAAGAUUCUCCCGAUAAUACUUUCUUGAGAUCAAUCACUCUUAGAUCAAGAGAUCGUCAAAGAAUGAUUGAUGUGUACAAGGCAAUUCAAGAUAUGAAAAAGGAAAGUGUUAAGCGAGAACUGGAAAAGAAGCAAAUGGCGGAUGUCGUUACUCAAGCCAACUUGAUUGAAUUAAAGGGAACCAGAAUGAAGAAGUUGGAACAAGUUUUCGUGAGACCAACCCCAGAUACCAAGAAGUUGGGUGGGGUGUUACAAAUCCAUGAAAAUGGUUUAAGAUACCAAUCCAGUUUCAAGUCUGAUCAAAAAGUAGAUGUCUUGUUCUCCAAUAUCAAGCAUUUGUUUUUCCAACCUUGUAAAGACGAAUUGAUUGUUAUUAUUCAUUGUCAUUUGAAGAAUCCAAUUAUGAUUGGUAAGAAGAAAACCUUUGAUGUUCAAUUCUAUCGUGAAGCAAGUGAUAUGGCAUUUGAUGAAACUGGAGGUAGAAAGAGAAGAUAUAGAUAUGGGGAUGAAGAUGAAUUGCAACAAGAACAAGAAGAAAGAAGAAGAAAAACGCUUUUAGAUAAAGAAUUCAAGGCAUUUGCUGAAUUGAUUGCUGACCUGUCUCAUGGAUUAAUUGAUUUAGAUAUUCCAUUUAGAGAAUUGGGAUUUCAGGGUGUUCCAUUUAGAUCUUCUGUGUUUUGUAUGCCAACUCGUGAUUGUUUGGUACAAUUGGUUGAUCCACCAUACCUUGUUGUCACUUUAGAAGAAAUUGAAAUUGCCCAUUUGGAAAGAGUUCAAUUUGGAUUAAAGAACUUCGAUUUGGUGUUUGUAUUUAAAGAUUUCAACAAACCCGUGGUUCAUGUGAAUACCAUCCCUAUGGAAGUAUUGGAAGAUGUUAAAUCAUGGCUUACUGACGUUGAUAUUCCUAUAAGUGAAGGACAAAUGAAUUUGAAUUGGGGUACAAUUAUGAAGACGGUUCAAUCUGAUCCUUAUCAAUUUUUUGUUGAUGGAGGUUGGUCAUUCUUGACUGGUGAAGGUGACUCUGAUGAAGAAGAUGAGGAGGAAGAGGAAUCCGAAUUUGAAGUCAGUGACGAAGAUCCUCAAGAUGAAGACGAAGACGAAGAAAGUGAAGCUAGCGAUGAUUACUCUGCGUCUGGAAGUGACAGCGAAGGCUCAUUUGAUGAAGAAAGUGACGAUGGUGAAGAUUGGGAUGAAAUGGAAAAGAAAGCCGCCCGAGAAGAUAAGAGAUUUAGGGAUUAA